AUGCAGACCGAUCUGCGAACGGUUAUGAAUACGAAAUUCAUUGACCAUGAGUUUGUUCAGUUCUUCUUAUACCAGAUUAUGAGAGGACUGAAAUACGUACACUCAGCGGGCGUGAUACACCGCGAUCUUAAACCCGAGAACAUCCUAAUCAAUGAGGACUGUGAUCUCAAGAUAUGCGAUUUCGGAUUGACUCGAGUCCAUGAACCUCAGAUGACGGGCUGGGUUUCAAGUAGAUACUACCGGGCUCCAGAAAUCAUGUUGACUUGCCAGAGCUAUAGUGAACAGGUCGAUAUCUGGAGCGUAGGAUGCAUCCUUGCUGAAAUGCUACAAGGGAAGCCUCUUUUCACAGGGAGGGACCACAUGGAUCAGCUCUGUGCCAUUACAGAGUUGCUUGGAACACCUGAUGAGAAUAUUCUGGCCAGGACAACCUCAAAAAGUCUGUGGCAGACCAUGAACUUCCUUCAAUCACUCCCUCAUCGCGAAGCUGCAGGUGUCUUAAGUGUGUUCUCUGGUGGCGACCCAAAAGCACUCUAUCUCCUCAAACAAAUGCUCGUCUUCGACCCAUGCGGCAGGAUUUCUGCAUCUGGCGCUCUUAACGCUCCGUAUCUUGUAUCCUAUCAUGAUCCCACAGAUGAACCUGUUGCUAGAGAAACAUUCGAUGAGACGUUCAACGGUGAUCACUGUUCUAACGGCUCCUGGAAGCAGAAACUGUACGCUGAGGUACUAGAAUUUCAUAAACAAUUAGAGGUUCGGGAGUCUGUCAGAAAAUGGGCUCAGGUCACCUCGAUAGCCCAGAAAUGA